UCCCUGUGCAACUAUUUUUCGGCCGUGCCUGACUUUCCUCAGCCAGCCUCUGUCGACUUCAAGCCGUUACGACUUCUUCCCAUUGGUGCAGAAGGCACCGACGCACAGCAUGGCCGACGUCGAGAAAAACAACCACGAGGUCGAUGCUCGGGGCCUCAACUCUGAUCACGAUGUCCGGAAGGGCUCCAUCACGGAGGCGGCUGACAUUUAUGGAAGUGCUGAGGCUGCCGAGGAGUUCGGAUACGUCAAACGAGGGCUCAAGUCUCGUCACAUCCAGUUCAUCGCGCUCGGAGGUACGAUCGGAACCGGCCUUUUCUUGGGAAUCGGCAAGGCCCUCCAUCAUGGCGGCCCUCUCUCUCUGGUCCUCGGAUACACGAUAACAGGUGUCGCCAUCUUCGCCAUGAUGCAGUGUCUGGGUGAGAUGGCCACCUGGCUGCCACUCCCCGGUGCUGUACCUCAGUACUGCGCCCGCUACGUCGAUCCUGCUCUUGGAUUCGCGGUGGGAUGGAACAACUGGAUAUCGUCUGCCCUGACGCUAUGCGCUGAAAUCUCCGCUGCCGCCGUGGUCAUCGGGUUCUGGAAUGAUUCGAUCAAUCAAGCUAUCUGGAUUUCCAUCAUUCUGGUCAUCAUCAUUGCCUUGAACAUCUUCGCCGUCUCGAUCUACGGAGAGGCUGAAUUUGCAUUUGCCAGCAUCAAAAUCGUGACGAUCAUCGGCCUGCUCAUUCUCGCCUUCAUCAUCGAUCUUGGAGGUGGACCAGAUCAAGGACGACUUGGUUUCCGAUACUGGCGAGAGCCGUAUGCUGCCAUGCGUAGCUACAUCGGCGAUCCUGGCAGCGAUACCGCCCGCUUUACUGGCUUCUUCGCCACUCUCGCAAACGCUGCUUUCAGCUACGGUGGUGUGGAGAUGGUAGCUGUCGCAGCAGGAGAAGCCGAGGACCCAAGAAGGAACAUCCCCAAGGCGGUUCGCCGUGUCUUCUGGCGUAUCCUCUUCUUCUAUGUUCUCGGUUCGCUCGCCAUUGGUGUGACUGUUCCAGCCAACGACAAACGCCUCCUCAGUGGCGGUCCUGGUGCUGGUCAUUCGCCCUGGGUCAUUGCCAUUGUCCGUGCUGGAAUCCCUGCUCUACCAUCAAUCAUCAAUGCUGUCGUCUUGACUUCGGCCACUUCUUCUGGCAACGCUUUUCUCUACACCGGGUCUCGCUACCUCUUCGCCUUGGCACAGAACAAGCAGGCUCCACAAUUCCUGCUUCACUGCAGCAAGUCCGGUGUUCCAUAUUAUUGCGUCCUGAUCACAGCAUCGAUCGGGCUCUUGACCUACAUGACGGUUGCUUCCUCUGCGUCGCAAGUCUUUGACUACUUUCAGUCUCUUACAACCAUCACCUCGCUCUUCACCUGGGUCUGCAUCCUCAUCGCCUUCCUUCGCUUCCGCGCCGCUUGUCUCGCUCAGAACGUCCCGCGAUCCGACCUCAUCUUCCGCAGCAAAUUCCAGCCCUUCACGGCAUACGCCGCGCUCGGCUUCUUCAUCAUCAUCAUCCUGUUCAAUGGCUUCGUCAACUUCACUCGGUCGGACGGAAAGUCCAACUGGGACAUCCAGGACUUCGUUUCCUCCUACGUUGUCAUCCCCAUUUUCUUCGCCCUGUUCGCGUUCUGGAAGAUCUUCAAGAGGACGAGCUUCGUCAAGGCUGCUGAGGCGGACAUCUGGACUGGCAAGGCGACACUUGAUGCGGAGUACUGGCCAGAAAGGCUUCCUCGCAAUAUGCUGGAGCGCAUCUGGUUCUGGAUCGCUUGA